AUGGUACCCGUGCAAUGCGGCGGUAAUGACAAUGAAAGAUUCUUGGUAGAUGCGGCGGUACCAUAUGAUUAUAGUUUUAAUAGUGCGUGCUUAAAACACCCCGAUAAGCCACAGUACGAAGGUGGAAUAGUUGUGAACCCCGAGCUGAAAAACGGGUCAACGGGUUGGGCUUCUUUCGGCAAUGCAAAGCUAAGACUAGGAAGAUCACAAACCGGAAAUGACUUCAUUGUGGCUCAUCAAAGGAAACAAUCAUUUGAUAGUGUAUCCCAGGAGUUUUUCUUAGACCACGAGAAACUUUAUACGUUUUCUGCUUGGGUGCAAAUAAGCUAUGGGGAUGCUACGGUGGUUGCUACGUUUAAGACACCAACAGGGUUUUACAAUGCUGGUUCGACUAAAGCUAAAUCAGGCUGCUGGUCCAUGCUCAAAGGUGGGCUAACCGUGAACAAGUCUGGCUCAGCUCAACUCUAUUUUCAGAGUGAAAAUACAUCCAUUGACAUAUGGAUCAAUAGCGUUUCGUUACAACCCUUUACACAAGAAGAGUGGAAAUCUCACCAACAUCAAAGCAUUGAGAAGGUUAGGAAAAGUAAAGUAAAAUUUCAGGCAGUAGAUAGUGAAGGAAAACCUUUAGCAAAUAGGACAAUAACAAUUGCACAAAAGUAUGCAAAAUUCCCAUUUGGAUGUGCUAUUAACAAAAACAUCCUAACUAACCAAGACUAUAAGGACUGGUUCCUUUCAAGAUUCAAGUAUACUACAUUUGAAAAUGAGAUGAAAUGGUAUGCAAAUGAACCUAACCAAUACCACGAAGACUACACCGCAGCUGAUGAAAUGCUUCAGUUCACACAGUCAAAUGGGGUUUCGGUUAGAGGCCACAAUGUGUUCUGGGACGACCCAAAGUAUCAACCAAGUUGGGUUUCUAACCUUGGCCCAUCACAGCUCGCGGCUGCAGCCAGAAAGAGAAUAAACUCAGUCAUGGGCAGAUACUCGGGCCAAGUGAUCUCUUGGGAUGUAAUGAAUGAGAAUUUGCAUUUUAACUUCUUUGAAAGCAAGCUUGGCUCGGAUAUUUCUUCAAAAUUUUACAAAAAAGCUAAAGCUCUCGAUAGAAACACUCCUUUAUUCUUGAAUGACUAUAAUACAAUCGAAUCACCUGGGGACCAGGACUCAUCUCCUGAUAGUUACUUGUCGAAAGUUAAACAGAUAUGGGCUGGGGGCUAUACCGGUCCUUUAUCAAUAGGAUUAGAAGGUCAUUUCAGCCAAGUGAACAUACCUUACAUGAGAUCCGCAAUCGAUAAGAUUGCAAGUUCAAAAUUGCCCAUUUGGAUCACUGAACUAGAUGUUCAAUCUGGCCCGAAUCAGGCAGAAAUAUUGGAACAAGUUCUAAAAGAGGCUUAUGCACAUCCAGCAGUGAAUGGAAUAAUUAUUUGGUCAGCAUGGAGUCCCCAAGGCUGCUAUCGAAUGUGCUUAACCGACAACAAUUUCAACAACUUGCCCACGGGAGACGUUGUAGACAAAAUCGUACGUGCAUUCUUUGGAAGAGUUGUCACAGCCACCACAGAUGUUAAUGGUUUCUAUGCGACCUCACUAACCCAUGGUAAUUAUGAAGUUAAAUUCGUAGAAGAUCAUCACCAAACUGCAAAACAUAUAAAAUCCCCACCGGUAUCUCAAUAUUUCAAGGUUGGAGCAUCGAGUUCUUCAGAAGACACUAUGCAUAUCAAGAUCAUGGCUUGA